AGCGGCGGCCGCGCCUUCCCAGCGCCCCGCGCGGCGCCGCCCGGCCCGGCCCGGCGCGGCCUGCCGAGGGAGCGCCGAGCCGCCUCGGGCCCGGGCCCGGCGCUCGCCGCCAUGCCGCUGCUGGUUAACGGAGCGCGGGUCGACCUGGCCCGGCCCACGGGGGACAUGAUCCGCGCCCACCCGCACCUCGAGGAAAAGGCAAAACUUCUGAGAAGUCAGCCAGCUCAGAUCGUGGAACCCAAGGGCCUUCUCUAUGUCCAGCAGAGAGAGUUUGCAGUGACUACCCCUAAAGAUGGUUCUGUUUCCAUUCUUGGAUCAGAUGAUGCCACUACCUGCCACAUAGUUGUGCUCCGACACACAGGCAGCGGAGCCACGUGCCUGACCCACUGCGACGGCUCGGACACCGAGGCCGAGGUGUCGCUCAUCAUGAGCUCGGUGAAGUCCUUCUCUAACUCCACGGGCUGUGGCAGGCUGGAAGUGCACCUAGUUGGAGGUUUCAAUGAUGAUAGGCAGUUAUCACAAAAACUUACUAAUCAGCUUCUUAGAGCGUUCGACCUCCAGCCAGAGGAUGUUCAUUUAGUAACUUUCUGUGUAACAGAACUAAAUGACAGAGAAGAACAGGAUAUUCACUUUCCAAUAAUUUAUGGAAUAGCUGUGAAUGUUAAAACAGCAGAGAUUUUCCCUGCAACCUUCCCAGUAAAAGGGCCGGAUGAGGAUCUGCGUUCUGCCCACAUUUUAACAGGAGCACCACCCUGGCUGCCCCUGCAGCCUCCUGUGCUCUUACAGCUGACCAACAUCUACGAUGCGAAGACAGAACAGCUCCGCAUUGGGCCUUAUUUCUGGGGGCCUUUCCCACAUGUGGAUUUCUGGCUGGAGCAAGAUGAUGCACAGAUUUUACAGAACCUUUCCACGUCACCCCUGGCUGAGCCCCCCCACUUUGUUUCCCACAUUAGAUCUACAUUAACAUUUCUAAAAGAACAUCCAUUUCCAUCUCGGUCCCUGUUUCCUGACAGGAAGCCUCGAAUCUACAAAAAAAAUGAAGAAGGGUUGUGGGAACAGGUUUGCUCUGACAAAAUCUAACCUGGAACCCACCCCCACAAUUGCUUUAAGGAAAUACAGUCUUGCAGGAAGAGCAAUUUGUUGCAAAUAGCAUCUUGCUGGUCACAAAUACCAUUGUUCCUGUGCUUUUCAAAAUAAAAUAUUUUGAUAGAAGUAA